AUGCUCACUAGCGUCUCGGUGCAAGUUAUUUGCACCGACAUAUACAUGCAUGUAGAGGAUCGCCCGAAUCAAUCCCAGGCAAGAACAAAGUACGACACAAACGACCCAUUAGUCCGACACACAGACGUCGUUGCCCAUAUCACCGGGGGCCGCAUUCCCACAUACUCUAUCCCAGGUCUGGGAAAAGCGCUUCAGAAUCUCGAGCCCAAGCGCAAGUCAGACUUCGAAGACUGGUUCGACGAGCGGGGUCUCGACGCAGUCGUGUGGCGGUGCAACGGUGAUGUAGGCAAAGCAGACGCAGAUGACAACGAGGCUUCGGCCGCUGAAGCCUGGCGCAAUGGAGUCCUUUACUCGAACGGCAAAUGUGCGAUUCGCCAGCUGGGUAUACCAACGGUCAGCGUGCCGAUGGGCAUUAUGGCCGACAUUGGCAUGCCUGUGAACCUCACUUUUGCGUCAAAGGCGUAUGAUGAUUCCAGUUUGUUCCGGUAUGUAUACGCUUUUGAGAAGACAAGUCGAUUGAGGAGAGUGCCUGGCCGGACUCCGCAGUUAGAGACGGAUGCUAUCUCUCUUUCUUCGUCUGGAGAGAUUGGGUUGUUACCACCGGUACUGACGGUAGAGACGGCGAUGGAAGGUGAAAAGGUUCGUAUCUCAGGCACAAUUGGAGAAGCAAGCGCGCUGCACGUGUACGUUGAUGGCGAGGAGUUGAAAGAGGUGAAGAUGGCAGACUGCCAUUGGGAAGUGGCCUGA